AUGUUUAGAAAAUAUACCAAGAUUCGUAAUAAGUUGGCGAAGAAUCUUUUCAUCUUGACGCCAGUAUUGGCCAAGGCGCUGCUUAGCAUACAGGCGAUGUGCUGUGAGAUGUACAUGAAAACGUUCGCUGAUUUGUCCAGAGAUAUGGAUACUGCAUUCUUCUACUUCAUUGAAGAUCAGAUGAAACGAAUAGAAUAUGUCAGAGACAAGUUAUAUGAAUACCGUACUGUGGUUCUGGAUGUGAUCACCCAAUCAUGUCACACAGCCCUGUACCAGCAAGGAUUUGUGUAUGAUGACAGAAAUAUCCCACCUUUUCAAGUCAUCAGAGGAAAGCCUACUGGGGGUAUGUCUUACACAGAGAAAGCGAAUAAGAGAAAAUACUGCGAAAGAUUAGCGUGUUUCAUAAAGCUAGCGGAUUAUAUGACAAAUUAUAUGCUGUACCGUCUAACAAAGCGAUCAAACAAUAUGAUGUCCAAUAUGCUUCGUACGCAUGUCGAAUUUACUCCGCCUAAAGCACUUUUAGAGGGAGUUAAUGUGGAAGAGGUGCUCGAAGUAAUACCACGUGUUACAGAAACUUGCAAAUGGGCUUUAUUCCAAGUAGAUGCUUAUAUUUUACCAUCUGGUGAAAUGGAAUUGAAUCCCAGCGAGAAAGUAAUAUCAACUUACAUCGAAAAGAUUACGGGCUACUGGGAAGAGUACGUGCGCACAUUCCAUAACUUUUUAAACGAUGAAACACUGCAAAUAUUUGUUCAGCCGACAAUAAUGGGAAAGCCAGUCGACUGGUCUGCUGGAGUGUCGCCGAAUCUAUACUUUUUGAUGAACCAAGACAAACCUAUGUUGGAUGAUAUAGCAUAUAUACCUCAUUCUAUAACAUAUGCAUAUGAGGUCGUAUGGACCUUCCUGACACGUUACCAGGCAUACAGAGAUGAUUAUCGUGAAUCUUGCGCAAUGGACCUUGAUCUCAUCAGGGAGGAAAGAGAUGUAUUCAAGUUUAAAACAAUGUGUGAUAGAUUUGUUCAACAAAUGGAGUCUGUAGAAAAUGUCUUGUGCUACCAGCCAUUGGGUUUGCUGUUUUUGUGUCUGAGUCCCUUCCAAGAACUAUUUAGGCCGCAACCGAGAAAACUUUUCGACGUCGUAGCUAAUGUCACGCCUGAGAUCGGUCACGCCUGCAUCGAAGAAAUAAUACAAGGUAUUGAAAAUAUUAAUGACGAUAUCAUUAAAGAACCUGAAACUGCAGCAGAACUGGUUGCAUUUAACUUUUUGAUGGAUGGUCUGGAAGCUCGCGUAGCUUUCUUGGAGGAGAGACUAGAGUAUCUUCGAGAACUUUAUGAUCUCAUGGGAGAAUUUAACAUUCCGAUAUCGCCAGAUGACAUGACUGAAUACUUAGGUUUAAGUGUGGCAUUGGGGACUCUUCGGACUAAUGUUGAUGCACGUCUUGAGACUCGAAGUAAGUUAGCAGGACUAUUCGCAAGUCGAAUUGGCAAGGAUAUCAUGGAGCUGAUGUUGGAUGUUAACAAACUGAGGGAGGAAGUUGCGCAACCAUGGUUGUACGAUGAAAAAUCAGAUAUAGAAAAAGUAUUGGAAACCUUGCAAGAGUUGCAAGAGAAGCUCAAUGCAUGCUCCGCACGAGAAAAACAAAUACGAGAAUGGCAGAAAAUAUUCAAGAUACCGCCAGCUCGACUGGAACAAUUAGAUGAAGCUAUAAACGAUGUUAAGCUUCGACAGUUACUAUGGAAGUCGUCUAAAGAAUGGAACGACAUGUAUAAGAGUUGGUGUGAGGCUCCAUUCAAUACAUUAGACGUUGAUGAGAUUCAAACAACUACCAUCAACUUUGCCAAGAUAUUUAACCAACUGGAUAAAGGCGUUCCUCCAAACAAAAUCGUACCAAAAUGCAAGGCAACUAUAGACAUAAUUAAAGAAAAGCUACCUGUAAUGUCAUAUCUCCGAAACCCAGCGUUGAAACCACGACACUGGGUGAAAAUUGAAGAGAUUCUUCACACGCGAUUCACACCAGACACGGAGCUGACAUUGCAAGUAUUUGAAGAUUUACAUGCCUUCCAACAUGCUGAAGAGCUGAUGGAAGUGGCUGGACAAGCGAGUUCUGAAGCUGGACUGGAAGCAUUGCUUAAGAAGGUGGAAGAAAUGUGGGCAUCUCUGGAGUUCCCAGUGGUAUUGCACAAAGAUGCGAAAGAUGUAUAUGUGCUGGGUGGUCUUGAGGAAAUCCAGACAUGUGUCGAUGAAAGUAACAUUCAUAUCAGCACUAUACUCAGUUCUCGCAACUGUGGACCAAUCAAAAGUAGGGUUGAAGAAUGGGAUAAAAACUUGGAACUAUUUUCUAAAACUCUGGAAGAAUGGUUCACCUGCCAACAAACUUGGAUGUAUUUGGAAGUGAUAUUUAGUGCACCCGACAUCCAGAGGCAGUUGCCUAAUGAAACAAGACUGUUCACUAUUGUCGACAAGUCCUGGAAGGAUAUCAUGCGUAAAUUAGCCAAGACACGUAACCCGCACGCUGUACAGCCACAUUUGCGUAAAUGCUUCGACGCUAUCGCUAAACUGGAGUUUGGCGUGAAGUUACCAGAAAGCGAGCUGGUCGUGACUGAGGAAGGUGGUCUCGUGGAGAGGGAGUUAUCGUUCCAGUCAAGAGAUAUGCUCCAAGCCAAACUAGCUAAGACUGCUAGGCCAGAGGAUCUUACAACAGAUAUUAUUGCCAUGUUAUCGCCUGAAGGAGAAAGGGUAAAUCUGGGCAAGGUAAAGAAUUUCACUACUUUAUAA